GAAGAGGGACAGAGGGGAGGUCGGACUUGUAGUAGAGGUAGGAGGAGGAGUCUGUUUGUUGACAUCAGACGAAAACGAAAAUCAGAUGAGCGAAGACUGGUGAUAACUCCGUUUGUCGCCUUUAUCAAGACGCAAAGCCUUGGCGAAAGCUAAGGUCUCCUGCACUGCCCAGUCUUGGAUCUGAGCCGGACAAGAAAAGGCAAACAUGGCAGCCAAAGAAGGAGACAACCCUGACAGCCUCAUGACUCUGGCCACAGUAUUCUGCUUGAGGAACCUCAGAAAGACAAUGUGCUAUCAGGGUUUGAGGGACAAGCUCUGUUUGCGCUCAGACAUCUUUCUUCCCAGUGAAAUCUGCGACAAAUUGGUCAACGUGUACAUGGAGUUGGUCCAUACAGACAGUAACUUUGAACCAGAAGAGAACUUUUUCCAACUAUUCUCGGAACCCCGGAGCACCAGACUCACCAGGGUGCAGCUGAAGGAAGACUUUGUCCAUGACAGAGACUUGGAGGCUAUAAGAAAACAGGACCUGAUUGAGCUUCACCUCACCUACUGCAACAGUCUGUCAUCCCGCAGCUUGAAAACACUGACUUGCUUCCGCGAGACGCUGGUCUCUCUUUGUCUUUUUGGCUGCAGCAACAUAUUCUAUAGAAAGGGCGGCGCCCCAUUAGCUUGCAAUGAAGAUACAGAGGAUGACGAGGAAGAAAGCCCUGUGUCAAGGCAGGCAUUAAAGACGGACUUUAACUUUCAGGGGUUUAACCGCCUGCGGUUGCUCAACCUGGGUGGCCUACCAGAUGAGAUGCAUGCUGAGACUUUGCUCAAACCCUUGAAGUCGCUCACCUCACUAGAUCUGUCAAACGUACAGUUACUGGGGACAACCUUUCUAACUCAGUGGAAAGACAGACUGGCAUCUCUUGUUCUCUACAAUGUGGACCUUUCAGAAGAGUUGGUCAAUACGGUGGUGGAACUUGUCAAUCUCAGGCAUCUUGACAUCUCGCGUGAGAGUAGGAGGACUUCCAAGUUCAAGAUGACAAGGAAGAUCUUGACUGCUAUCGUUCAAAGACUGGUCAAUCUGGUCUCACUGGACAUUUCAGGUCACAUCAUGCUUGACAACUGCACAGUUCCACACCUAGAAGAAGCUAUGGGCCGUCCAAGUAACGAGCCAUGCAAGAGCAGCAUCUACCCUUUCCAAGAGCUGAAGAGGCCCCUGCAGUUUUUGGGUUUAUAUGACACUACCCUUUGUAAUGUGACGCAUAUCCCGGCUUAUAAGGUGACUGGUUCAAAGAAUGAAGACCAGGUCCUAAAUGCUAUUGAAGCUUACACUGAGUUUCGUCCUGAAUUGGCCCAUAGAGCUAUCAAUCAACUGUUUGACAUCGCCAGAAUACAACACUGCGUCCAGCUACUCCGAGCAUUACAGCUUGUUAUAGCAGCAUUGAAGUGCCACAAAUAUGAUAAGAGCAUUCAGGUGACAGGAAGUGCUGCGCUCUUUUACCUGACAAACACCGAAUACCGCAGUGACCAAAGUGUGCGGCUUCGCCAGGAGGUCAUUCGAGUGGUUUUAAAUGGAAUGGAGCAAUACCAGGAGGUCACUGUUCAAAGGAACUGCUGCUUGACUCUGUGCAACUUCAGUAUUCCCGAGGAGUUGGAGUUUCAGUACAGUCGGGUAAACCAGCUGCUGCUAAAAAUCCUGGAGCCGGCAAGGCAGGAUGAAUCCAUUCAGAGAAUCGCUGUGCACCUCUGCAAUGCUUUAGUCUGCCAGGUUGACAACCACCAUAAGGAAGCUGUGGGAAAGAUGGGUUUUGUGAAGACAAUGUUGAACUUAAUACAAAAGAAGUUACAGGAUCGAAUGUGUGACCAGGUGAUGGAGUUCUCUUGGAGUGCUCUGUGGAAUAUUACUGAUGAGACACCAGACAACUGUCAGAUGUUCCUCAACUGUCAUGGAAUGACUCUCUUUUUAGACUGUCUAAAAGAGUUUCCAGACAAACAGGAGCUACAUCGCAACAUGCUGGGGCUUCUGGGUAAUGUUGCUGAGGUCAAAGCGCUACGACCAAAGCUGGUCACACCACAGUUCAUCUCUGUUUUCAGUAAUCUACUGGACAGUAAGGCCGAUGGUAUUGAGGUAUCAUACAAUGCAUGUGGCGUGCUUUCCCACAUUAUGUUUGAUGGACCGGAGCUUUGGUCGAUGGAAGAGCCACUAAGAGACACGGUGAUGGACAAGAUGUGGGAUGCGAUCCAAAGCUGGGACGUCAGCUCACGUCGCAACAUCAACUACAGGUCAUUCGAGCCCAUCUUGCGACUUCUGCCUCAAAGUAUCGCUCCAGUUAGUCAGCACUGGGCCACGUGGGCUCUGUACAACCUGGUGUCAGUUUACCCAAGCAAGUACUGUCCCCUGCUCAUAAAAGAAGGAGGAAUUGGCCUUUUGGAGAAAGUUUUGGAGUUGGAAAGUUCGCAGCCAGAGACAAAAGACAUGGCCAUGAAAGUAAUGGAGCAGUGUGAGAGCUUCAAAGAAGACCCCAUGGAAACAAAUCAUGUACACGAGGUAAACUAUGGACAAAGAGGUUGACACGGCGGCACCUUGAUAUCUGGCAAAACAACCUGAAGCUCCUCGUUAUCACCGCAAGGGUCAAUGUGUGCAUUUUCUUCUCGUAAUUAGAUUUUAUUUUGUUGGCAGAGCUGCGUCUCUGACCCUUUUCACAGCAGUCUGAGCACCAGCUUAACAUAUAUGACGUAUAGGGGUUAAGAAGGUGGAUGGUGUUUUUACCUUUGCUGCUCAUAAACGUCUCCUCUGAUGGGCUGGAGGGUUGUGUUGGUGGGUGACUGUUAUCGCUCAGUGUGGGUUUUGUGAAAUAUUACUUGAUAGAACGUAGCAGUUGAUGCUUGAUUCUCAGUGGAAGGAAACAGACACGCUUCGCAGCACACAACAAUAGCCGGGUGGCAAUGACCUCAGUAGAGGUUAAAGGUCAUGUGGUGUUUUCCAACACCUACAAAUGGUGGCCACCCCCUCCUAGUUGUGGUCACGUUCACAGUGGAGAUCAGCCAAUGCGCAAGUAGGCAGGGGUUGGCCGGAGGGAAGGCUCUGCAGAUAGACCUUUUGUUAUAUAUGUAAAUAUUGUUGUCCCCUCCUUUUAAUGUGUGUAUGUUUUAUAAUAUAACUGUAAACACUUAAGGCUGUACCCUCCAUUUAAAAUUAUUUAGGUUGGACUGGCAAAUGUUCAGUGCAUACUCAAGUGUGGUCUGUCGCCUGUGGUCGAUAAAAGAUCAUUUGGAUUUGACGCAGACUCACUUUAUUCUGGCUUUUUAAAAUUUGUAUCCUUUUUUUUACAUUUCCAUUCACUUGAGAGUUGGCGAGAAAAAGUCAGCAAGCUUCCCUUGAAACAUGAAAGGUAACAUAUAAUUCAUGUUCAGUACCUUCUUAGUCACAGUUUCACACUCGCACAGCAAGUCAGAGUGUCAAGGUACAAUUUGCCAGUAUCAAUAAAUAACAUCCUGGUUAAACAGCAAAUAGAAACCGCAAUCAUGGUGGCUAUAAUUGCAGAUAUUUCUAUAUAAUUAUAUGUUCAAUGUGUGUCCCAGGUUCCUCAUUUGUCAUUGCUGCAACAGCGUUGAUUACAUUCAUAUUUACAUAAUAGCGUACAUUUGUUGCCUUUUAUGUUUGCAUCCACAAAUCACAGCCAUUGCCUAUUCACGUCAGAUGGAUGGAAGAUGUUUAUGUUGAAAGAAAUGAUUAUUCAGUUUUACUGAUUAAUCAGAUUGCUGCACUAUCACUUUAAUCAUCAAACUUUUCAUAAGCUACUGAGGAAAACCAUUUAGAAUUUAAAUUUAGUACUAAUGAAGCAUGUGGCUCUCAAAGAUUUGCUCAACAAAAUUAAUACGAAAGUUGAGUGCUACAUCAUGUAGCACAGGUUAGACGACUCCUAAACUUUCAUGGCUUUGGUUCUUUGGGGUUUAAAAUGUUUUUGAGCUAGCUUUCUCCAAUCCAUUUGCUGUUGUGAAAGUAAUGUAGAUAUCUUGCAAAUAGUUUACAUGCCUAUCAUUGGUGCAGGCAAUGUGUGUUCACUUCCCACUCAGUGUGACAGCGAAUGAAGGGUUAUCUGUCUUGAAAUGUGUCCUGUGACUGACUGGCAACCAGUCCAGGGUGUAGUAAGGUGGCUUUGGCUUUAGCUCACCCAUGACCCUGAAGAGCAUAAGUGGUAUAGAAACUGGAUAUUUUAUUCACAUUUUUCUUUUGGCCCUUGUACUACCCUUUACCAAACUCAUUAUGCUGCUUGCACAAGAUGCCACAAACAUGGCCUCAACUUAAAAGCGCAUUGAAUAGUAUUUUGUGACAUGCUAUCUGUAAAAUCGCAUUAUUUGUGAAUUGAGUUAAGGAUCCACCGUUUUAACAACAAUUUUAAAAAAAUGUAUUUGGCAAAAACAGAUUGGUGUGACCUUUGGCUUUUGUACCAUAUGGGUGAGGAUUACUGAGUAUUGUAUAUGGCGUCAAAACAGAUCAAGGAAAUUGACUUGCAUUUGUUGAACUAGUGAGUACAACCCAUUGGAUUAUAACAUUGGUGGAGAAAAAUAAUACCAUCUGUUAGAUUUUGUCCCAGUUCUUUAUCUUUAAUUCUCGCUAUGCUAAUAGUAAUUACCAGGAGUCUGCCUUCUCAGUUUAACUAUUUUUGUACAUUGUACAGAUUCAUAUUACAUAGCUUUACUGUUAUUUCAUUCAAUUGUCUUUUCAGUGUUUGUGUGGAGCAAAAGUGAUUAUAAAGUAUUCCCUGAAUUGUAAUUGAUUUCUUCAUUGGAUUUUUUUUCUGUAAAUUAUUUCAAUCUGAUUGACUGUAUCGAAAAGGAUUUUAAGAACUCUAAUCUUUACAUUGUAAUGUUUUUUCAAUGGAGUAUUUCUGUUCCCUCAAAUACAUCAAUCCAUCCAUCUGAUUUUUGGAGCGCUUAUCCUCAUCACAGGUGAGGUGGAGCCUAUCCAAGUAGACUUUGGGCGAAAGCCAGAAUGCAACCUGUACUAGUCCUACAUAUUGUAUACUCGCUGGCCGAAAAUAAUGGGAGCUACUAUUAAUGUGCAGCAAUCAAACAGUCCUUUCUUCAGGUUCCACAGCAAUCAAUUAAAUAUUCACAUUGUUGCCACUUGCACCUGACAUAUUUCAUAAGCUAAUGGGAAUGCAUCACAGUGUGUGUAGCAGGAACUGGUUCCCAAUUUUAACUAACAACCUCUUUACAGUGCAUCACUGAAUUCUCUUCCACUAUAACCAAUAUAUUCAUGCCUUUUUUGAAAGCCACGCCGUAUCAGUUCAUGAUCCAUGUUGGGUUUACUAACUACUUUUCUCAUGUACAGUUGUGUGUGCGUGAGUGCGCGUGUGAGCGCACCUUACUCAUGGCAGUCUCAAUUGGUACUUUCAUUGGGGCAGUUUCGUUUUUAGUGAUUCGCAUUCAUGAAGGUGAGGUUGUAGUUUGCAGUGGAAAAAAAACACUCUUCAAGUCUUCAGAUUCAUAUUUCUAUGUGAACGAGUUUUUGAUUAUGAAAAUCUCAAAUGCUCACUUUUCCUAAGCUUUAAUACAGUUGAAAGGGCGUCAUGCUGUUGCUACUAUUGAGAUGCCGUCUUUAUUGAUCACGUACUAUUUAUUUAGUUAAUACCGAAAGUAGAGAUAAUCAUUUGGGAUUCUCAAACCAUAGUAUAUCAAUUUGACCAGUAGUUAUAUAAAGUCAACAACUGGUUUAUUUUUUAGCUGCAAGUGUAAUUCAAAUCUGAGUGAAUUUGAUCCUCACAUUGUGGAUUUUCUUUCCUGAUAUAAAUAGUACCUGGCCAUUACUGUAAAGGUGUAAAAGCAAUAAAGAUGGAGUGGUGAACAAAC